AAUUAUUCUUGUUGUUGGUCUGAUCAUGUCAUACCUACGCUCUAGCUGACUGUGAAUUGCAUUGUAUUUGUUUUUAAUGGGGUAGGAAAUGCAUAUGUGCAAUUUUACUAUGUUGGUGGGAGUGGUAAUAUACUCUUCUUGCCAGACGUAACAAUUUAUAAUAAUUUCAAUUCAUAAAUAUCAGCCUUUAGGUUAAAUCAUUUAAGGAACACUGUGAAUGCCAUAUGAGUACAAAUAGAAGACAAUUUCAUAACUUUUCAGCUCAUAUACGUGCCGGAAUAUUCGUUUCCUGAAGCGAACUUGUACCUAACGAAAAUAACGUUUUAUGAAUGUUAUAUGAAUUUAAGAAUUUAAUUUAAAAUUGGUAGAUGUAAUGAACAGGCCAAAUCAUUAAGAACAGGUCCAAGUCCUGGAGAGUAGAAUUAUGUCCAUUCCAUUUUUCAAUAUGCCACUGAAUUUUGCGAAUGUAUGUCGACUUUGUAUGCAAGAGAAGUCUACAUUACUUUCCCUCUUCAUUGAUACAGAGGUUAAUGACCAAGUUACACCUUUACGCUGCAAAAUAAUGAGUUUGGCACCAGGUGUUAAGGUGGAUGCAUAUGAUGGUCUUCCAACUCAUGUUUGUCGACAGUGCGUAAAUCAAGUUAAUGUGUCCUACAAUUUUAAAAGGCAGUGUGAAAUCUCUGAUGCAACUUUCCGGGAGUUACUGAAAAAUCAGAGAUUAAGUUCAGAAUUUUCUGAGGGAAAAGUAAAUGUAUCCCAAAAUUCUUUAAAUCCAGCAGAAGACACUCCAGAUGUCUGGGCACUUGUAAGAGUGAAAGCCGAAUUGGCAGAUUGUCAGUCAGAUGAAAACAAUGCUGAAGGUGGAAUGGAACAAGUGUUUCCAACUGCAAUAUGUUCAUUAACAGAACAAGGUCAAGAUAUAAGUUCCACUGCAAUGGCUGAAUCACCACUUAAGGAAGGCAUAGAGGAUGUUUCAAAAACCCUUACAGAUAAUUUACAUUUAUUCCACAGAAGUAUGUCAUACAGUAUGAAAUAUGACAGGGAGUUUUCUUCUGGUGAUUAUUCCCUUGGAUCCAGUUAUAGCACACAAUUGAAAUCCCACAUUUUAAAAAAGAGAUUUGUCUGUCUGGAAUGUGGAAAGCACUUUGUACAAAAACAGCACCUUAUUUCACACAUGCGAACUCAUACAGGGGAACGGCCCUAUCAUUGUAAGGAAUGUGGCAAAACUUUUGCUCAGACUGUACAUCUUAAAAAUCAUCUAAUCACUCAUACACACUUGAAACCCUUUAGCUGUUCUGAGUGUGGCAAAUGUUUUGCGCAGAAUAUACAUUUAAAGAACCAUCUCAGCACGCAUACUGGGGAGAAGCCGUAUGGUUGUAAUUUAUGUGGUAAGACAUUUGCUCAGAAUGUUCAUUUGAAAAAUCAUCUUAGCACUCAUACUGGAGAAAAGCCAUUUCGUUGUACAGAAUGUGGAAAAACAUUUUCACAAAAUAUACAUCUUAAAAAUCACCUGAGUACACAUACUCAUGAAAAACCAUACGGCUGUAAUGAAUGUGGCAGAACUUUUGCACAAAAUAUACACUUAAAAAACCAUCUUGCUACACAUACAGGCGAGAAACCUUAUGGGUGUACAGAAUGUGGAAAGCAUUUCGCUCGGAGUGGUCAGUUGAAAGAACAUAUGAAACUUCACUUGGGCUUGAAGCCAUUUAUAUGUAUUGAGUGUGGAAAGAAGUUUGCCCAGAACAUUCAUUUGAAAAAUCACUUAGCAACCCAUGCAUCUAGAAGGAAACCAAAGGUAUGAAUUUUUAAAUGGAGUAAAAUGCUGUUAGAUGACAUGUUCUCUUGUUUAAAAAUGCAAAUUGUAUUUUAAAACAAUUCUAUUCAAGCAAUGGAAGAUUUAUAAAAUACAUUAUCUAGUGUGAUUUUCCUUUUAUAUAAUUCUUAUAUGAUAAUUUGAUACGCCUGUAUUGAGCGUGGUGUUUCAGGAAUGAAUGGUAUUUCCAUUCUUGAAUGUAAUGAAUGGUUUUAGCAAUAAAUACCUUGAGUGUUACUGAUCAUAGUUUAUGUGGUUGAACAUGUCUGCUAUGAAGCCACAUCUUCUACGAUCUGGAAGUGGAAGGCAGGAUUAGGCAUGAAAUAUUUAUUCAGUGAAUGCAGAAGCCUUGUCAUCUUUGAGUGGCAAGUAGAAGUUGGUUUGAAGAAAUGCAUUUGGCAUGGCUUUGUAUUAAUACUUGCAAAAUCUAUUUGUCUUUUUAAAAUUAUUCUUUCUUAUAAAGUUGUGUAACAGUAACAUUUGAUUUUUGAGGUUUACAAUACACAUUGUUACAAUAUAGUCAAUGGAAACUUUGUUAGAUUUUUAGAAGUAUCUUACUACAUGAGAACGACAUUGUUAGAAUUUUAAUAACAUGUAGGAUUUGAGGUUUU